AUGGCGAUUCUGGAAAGCGAAAAACGCCCCAGAGGUCUCCGAGUCCCAUCUUUCUCAUCUAUCAAGUCUUUUGGUAAAAAAGGCUCUGAAGCACAGCAACAACAGCAAUACCAGCAGAAGAUGGAUUCUCUACCAGAGGCACUCCCUCCUCCUCCUCCGGACAAACAACUGCCUUCCGUGCCUACCUCCGUGUCUCCUCAAGCUGCGCCAACGCCCAUGCGUCUGCCUGCGGCUUCAGCAACAGAUUUGAACUUUGGGCUUGACGCCGCGCCCAUGGCUGACUUUGGGACUGACCGGUAUCCGAUGCCCACGGGUGCCAACCGCAGCACUCCUAACGUUAGCAACAGCAAUGGCAACGGUGUUGGCCACAGCAACGGCAACAGCAAUCUUGCGGUUCCACCACCACCCGUCCAGCGCACCCCAUCCAACGGAUCGCAGCGAACAGCAACAAGCGACGGAGAGCCCCUGGAGGACUACAUCCCCGACCCCGAGCCCGAAGCCGUCGAUCGGAUGUACGCGGAUAUCUCUCCGGGAUUGGAACCGGUGCCAGACGUGGAACACACAGAUAUGGAUGAUGUCUGGACACCUCCGGGUUACGAGCCCGUCGCGGCGCCGUUAAAUAAACUGCAUUUCGCCUGCUAUCAGGAACACAAGUCGAUGCCUCCUGCGGCGAAUGUCUGGCAUGCGUUGCCGUGUAUGACUUGCCAGAAGUUCGAUCGGGAGGUCCGUCAUCGGUGUGUGUUCUGUUGUCUCCGGAUUUGCGAAGGUUGUUAUCAGAAUUUGCAGAAGUGUUCGAGGAGAUCGUUGGAUGAACUUUUGGGUAUGAUUCAGAGUUGA